AUGGCGACUCCAAUGUUCGUACGUUUUUCAAAUUUUCGCAAUUUAUUGAGAAUUAAUAAUAAUGUUCCCGGUAUUACAUCUAAUCCAAUUCAAUGCUUGGAAUCAAUUUAUCGUUUAUCCAGUACGCAAGAGCCUUCUUCUAUGACAAACGAAGUUGAAUUGACAAAUUUCUCUAAAAUCAUGCAAGGUUAUUUAAAACGUAUUAAAGCAAACGAGGAACUCAUGAAAGUAGAAACAGAAACAUAUGAAAAGGGUAAAAGACAUCUAGCCAAUAUGAUGGGUGAGGAUCCUGAAAAUUUUACCCAAAAUGAUAUCGAUAGAUCAAUAGAAUAUCUUUUUCCAUCUGGAUUAUUCGAUUCUAAAGCACGUCCCAUGAUGAAACAUCCUAAGGAUAUAUUGUCAUCACAAGAGACAGCACAAUUUUUUGCAGAUGGAAAACCGUGUCAUUCCUUUUUUUAUACCUUAUAUCCUUCCUAUUAUGAAACACUUCACAAUUUAGAGGACUUGGAGGAUAAGUUAAUUAAAUCUACCGGAACGUUUCCUAAUGAAAAUAAAUUUGAUACAUAUAGAUCAAUGUGGAAAUCAAAAGUACAAUUGGAGAAAUUAUUACAUGAGAGAUUGAUGGAUCAUCAUUAUGAAUACUUUAUCAAAACAAUGGAAAGGCUAGUAAGUCAUCCAUUAUCCGCAAACGAAAAAGAAUUUCUACUAAAGUAUCGGAAUGUAUUAUCUCAAGACACAAAUAAGACAAAUAUUUUAUCUGUAUCGUAUAAUGAAGAUGGAAAACCAUAUGUUAAAGUAUUCCCUUGUCAAAGAAAAAGUUCAAUUGCUACAGUAAUAGUGUGGGGUGAAGGUACGGGGAAAAUAACAAUUAAUGGAAAGGACAUUUCUUACUUCCAAGACAUGCAAUCCCGACAACAGCACGAAGACGACGAUAAUACUACUGCUCAACUUUACUCUAUAGAACGUUAUAAAAUUAUAAAUGCCAAUUCAAAGUUUUCAAACCGAGACCGACCUUCGGAUUAUAUCGCUUAUGAAUCUAACUUUAAGAUCAAAAUAUUUCAUCGAAGUAGCUUAACGUACUAA